AAUGUGAAUAGUAAACGAUCAAUGAAUGCUAAAGAAAUUAACAGCAAAAGGGCGUUUUCAACAUUUGGUGGAGGUGCUAGGAUUUGUCCGGGAAGGAACUGGGCGAUUACUGAAAUAAAAGUCCUUUUAGUGGCAGUAUUAAUGAAAUAUAACAUGGAAUUUGUAAAUAAAGAUCAAAGAUUGGACCUAUAUUAUGAUGCAUCUUACCAUUGGCGAGAACUUAAAAUUCGUUUAAGACCUAGAAUGCAGGAUGAUUAA